AUCUAUAUAAACAGGUCACCACAAAGCUCCAUCUACCAUACAUAAUCACCACGCGUUCGUGCUUUCUUAUUCAGUUUCUUUGUUCAAAAAAAUCAGCAAUAUAUAAAAAACAAUGUCUUCUUCAGGGGAAAACCUAGAAAAGUAUCGGAUUCCACUCCACGAAAUCCUGCGGGCCACAAGAAACUUCAGUUCAGAAACUCUGAUUGGAGAUGGUGGAUUCGGUUUCGUCCACAUAGGGAAACUCUCUGAAGAAUGGAAUGAACGCACAGUAGCCAUCAAACGCCUUAAUCGGGAUGGUGGUCAAGGAAACAACGAGUUCCGUAAUGAACUCGAGAUGAUUUCCAGUUUCCAUCAUCCAAAUAUCAUUACUUUCAUUGGCUACUGUGAUGAGGCCAAUGAGAUGAUCAUAGUUUCCGAAUUUGCUAAGAAUCAAAGCCUUGAUCAUCAUCUCCAAAAGCCGGAUAAGAUUCGUGGCUUAACAUGGGCACAACGCUUAAAGAUUUGCUUAGGUGCAGCGAAAGGGCUCAAGUACCUUCACUCUGGUCUUGGGGAAGACAAAAGAGUAAUUCACAGAGACGUGAAGAGUGGAAAUAUACUGUUAGAUGAGAAUCUGGAAGCCAAAAUCUGUGAUUUUGGUUUGUCAAAAUUUGGUGCAAGAAAUCAGGAAGAUAGCCAAGUUCAUACAAAGGUUGCGGGCACAAGGUUUUACAUGGAUCCGGUUUACAACGAAAGAAGCAGGCUCACCAAAGAGUCAGACGUGUACUCGUUUGGAGUGGUUAUGUUUGAAAUGUCAAGUGGGACAUUGGUUUAUCGUGAAAAGUGCUUUGGAGAUGAUGCUAAGCCGCAAUAUCUCAUUGAUGUGGUCCGAAGCGUCUAUGACGAUGACAAAAAGGCUGCGGCGCCAGACAAGUUAAUUGAUCAUUAUAUUAAAGAUCAUGCUGAUAUGAACUCUUUUGAUUCAUUUAACAAAAUUGCACAUGAAUGUGUUAACCUGAAGUUAGAGAAACGCCCAACGUUGGAGAGGGUCAUCAGGAAGAUUGAGCAGGCCUUGACAAUUCAAUUGAAGCACGACGAAUCACCUACCACACGAAGCCUAGAGAAAGUUGCAUAUCGGUGCAUAAAGAGAUGCCCUAGGAGGCAAGAUAUGAGCAGGAAGGGGGGGAGGAACCGUGGAAGGGGCCCAGGUGCACCAAGAGGCAGGGAAUUGCGUGCACGUUACACGAUGAACGAAGUCGUCGACAGGAUUGAGGAUGCAGUGGAAUUUGUAGCAAAUGAAAAUAAACUAGCAUGA